GACUAGUGAUGCAGAUCAAUAAUGACAACAUUAACUGGCAUAGUAUUUACCAACGGUUUUCUUUGACUUCUCACAAUGCAUUAGAAUCGUCUGAAAUUGGUUGAGGGAGGGAGAGCGAUUCCCGUUAAUCAAUGUUCAAACAAGGCUCGAACACUGAUAUGAUUUGCUGUACCUUAUGCUGUGUGAAGCAGUGUUUUCGACAUAAAUCUAAUGCGCAUAUGGUAUUUAACUACAAAGCUGACAAUACUUGAUGCUGUAAACGCAACGGAACUAUCGGAAUUCUGUGAAACUAAAUGUAAUGGAUUAAAUGGAGGGUACUUUGCAUUUGAGGGAGACUGUUGCAGAUUUAUAGUUUGUCAGCUAACACAAAGUAGAUUUGGACCUGGUCAAUACAUUGGCUACAAUCAAACAUGUAUGUACCCACUUGUAUGGGACGACGAAAUUGGGGCAUGUAAUGAUGCUAAGAAUGUUGAGGGAUGUACUGAGGACUGUCAUACUCCACCAGAACCAACGCCAUUUGUUACUCAAUAUGUUGUUAAGAAUGCAUCGCGAAUGUUACUCAAACAACCAUGUAUAUAGUUACAUGUCUACUGACCCCCAAUGUUUCUUUGUGGAUGAGAACUUUGAAUCGUUGGUUUGCUGCGGAAUAUACAGCGUAUUUGACCUAGAGGAAUGCGCUUGUGUUGGUCCCUCUGGCCGUAGUGAAUGCGACUGCAUACUCUGCCUGCCAUUUGUGAACAAUAGAGUACAGGAUAUCAUCCAUGAUACAUACACUGAAGUUAGGGGCGUCACUAUAAGUGA